GAUCAGUGGGCGUGGUUAGCGUUUGCAACUCUCCUCUGCUGCGCAUGCGCAAAGUGCAGCUGGACCAUCAGCUGCUAUUACGCAUGCGCAGCACUCUAGAGACGGGCACCGAGUGACAGAAACAGACAGAGGAACCGGCCGGGAAGACGCACCGAGGGGAUAGACAUAGGCCUCUGUGCGGGCAGCCGGAGUCCCGAGUAUCCAGGGAGUGAAAGAUAUCUGUUGUUGCCGAAGUGACUGUCGGGACCUCGUGUGGGGCAGGAUCUGACAGGCCACACACACACACCAAACUGUUUAUUAGUAUCUCUCCCCCACCAUCCCUUACCCAGCCUGCCCACCUCACCCACCCGGCCUGCCCACCUCACCCACCCGGCCUGCCCCCCUUACCCAGCCCGCUGCACCCAUCACCUCUCCGCUACACCCCUGCCACCACACAGCCUUUGCCUUGUCCCUCUGUGUCCUUAUGGCCUCCCCUGCAUGACAGGCACCGGGGCUGGGCCCCUUCCCACACCUGGAUAACACCCCACUGUGGCCCUCUCGCCCGGCUGGAUUAUCAUGGGGGAAACCAAGGUUAUCUACCACCUGGAUGAGCAGGAGACGCCGUAUUUGGUCAAGCUGCCGGUGCCCUCUGAUCGGGUGACGCUGGGAGACUUUAAGGGGGUGCUCAACAAACCCAACUACAAGUUCUUCUUCAAGUCUAUGGACGAUGACUUUGGGGUGGUCAAAGAAGAGAUUUCUGAUGACAAUGCGAAGUUGCCAUGUUUUAAUGGAAGAGUCGUAUGUUGGCUUGUAUCUGCAGACGGCUCACAGUCUGAUGCAGGUUCUGUCUGCGCUGAUAGCCAAUCUGAUUUGCCUCCGCCAAUUGAGAGGACUGGGGGAAUAGGAGACUCUCGCCCUCCAUCUUUUCAUCCAAAUACUCGAGGCAGCCAAGAAAACCUAGACAAUGAGACAGAGACAGACUCUGUUGUAUCUGCACAGCGAGAUAGACCAAGAAGAAAGGAGUCAUCAGAACAUGCUCCCAGGCUCAAUGGUACUUCAAAGCUGGAGAGGCGCAGAGACACAGGAGGGUAUGAAAGUUCAUCCACCCUAAUGAGCAGUGAGCUGGACUCAACUAGCUUCUUUGACUCUGAUGAGGAUGAUUCUACGAGCAGGUUCAGUAACUCCACAGAGCAGAGUAGUGCAUCACGUUUAAUGAGGAGACACAAGAGGCGGAGAAGGAAACCAAAAGCCCCACGCAUUGAGCGGUCCUCUUCAUUCAGCAGCAUCACAGAUUCCACCAUGUCUCUGAAUAUAAUCACGGUCACUUUAAACAUGGAAAAGUACAAUUUCCUGGGUAUCAGCAUUGUUGGACAGAGUAAUGAGCGUGGGGAUGGAGGCAUCUACAUCGGCUCUAUCAUGAAAGGCGGAGCAGUGGCGGCUGAUGGGAGGAUUGAACCGGGCGAUAUGUUAUUGCAGGUCAAUGACAUAAACUUUGAAAACAUGAGCAAUGAUGAUGCAGUCAGAGUCCUUAGGGAGAUCGUGCACAAACCAGGGCCUAUCACACUCACUGUUGCAAAAUGCUGGGACCCUUCUCCUCGGGGCUGUUUUACAUUACCCAGAAGUGAACCAAUCCGACCGAUUGACCCAGCAGCUUGGGUUUCUCACACUGCAGCAAUGACUGGUACUUAUCCAGUUUAUGGCAUGAGUCCAUCCAUGAGUACAAUCACUUCAACCAGCUCCUCCAUUACCAGCUCUAUUCCUGAAACUGAACGCUUCGAUGACUUUCACCUGUCCAUACACAGUGACAUGGUAACAAUUGUAAAAGCAAUGAGUUCCCCAGAAUCAGGCCUGGAAGUACGGGAUAGGAUGUGGCUUAAGAUUACCAUUCCCAAUGCUUUUAUCGGUUCUGAUGUGGUAGACUGGUUGUAUAACCACGUAGAAGGAUUUACAGAUCGCAGAGAAGCAAGGAAAUACGCCAGUAACCUCCUAAAAGCCGGAUACAUCCGUCACACAGUCAACAAAAUAACUUUCUCGGAGCAAUGUUACUACAUUUUUGGAGAUCUUUGUGGCAACAUGGCAAACCUUUCCCUGAAUGAUCAUGAUGGCUCUAGUGGAACAUCUGAUCAGGACACACUGGCUCCUCUUCCACAUCCAGGAGCUGCACCUUGGCCCAUGGCGUUUCAGUACCAAUACCCCUUGCCUCAUCCCUACAGUCCACACCCAGGGUUUCCAGACCCUGCCUAUAGUUAUGGAGGUGGCAGUGCUGGAAGUCAGCACAGUGAAGGUAGUAGAAGUAGUGGCUCCAACCGCAGCAGCACAGAAAAGAGGAAAGACAGAGAACCAAAGACUGGUGACUCAAAGUCUGGAGGGAGUGGAAGCGAAUCAGAUCACACUACGCGCAGCAGUCUGCGCAGAGACAGAGCAGCAAGUGAACGCUCAGUGCCAGCAAGUGAGCACAGCCAUCGGAGCCAUCACUCCAUAGCACACAGCAUCCGGAGCCACCACACACACCAGUCUUAUGGUCCCCCAGGGAUACCCCCAUUCUAUGGUCCUCCAAUGAUGAUGAUGCCAGCACCUCCCCAAGUCUUGGGGCCCCCAGGAGCUCCGACUGGCCGCGAUUUAGCUUCUGUACCACCUGAACUCACCGCUAGUAGACAGUCUUUCCGCAUGGCCAUGGGCAAUCCCAGUGAGUUCUUUGUGGAUGUUAUGUGAGCAAAAUUUACAACGUUGGCCCUGUUUUUAGCAGUUUGUGUUUAUCUGGAAAUACUCUAAUUAUUAUUUACAUCUUGAUACUAAGAACAGAAAUGGAGAGGUCAGCACGAUGAUCUGUGUGUGUGGUGUUCGCACGGACCCUCCCACUUGCCACUAAUCCAUGCACCUAAUCUUUCAGACCCCGCUCCAGGCUGUGUGUUUGUGCAGAGGGAGGAGGCUGGCCAUAUUCUUGCCUGGUUGCUUGGCUUUUGUAACAGAUUGAUUUUUAACCAAUUAAUAUUGCAUCUGUCUAAAAAAAAAAAAAAAAAGAAUAGACACUGAUAAUUGAACGGAUUUACUCAUGUAUUUACAUUUUUUCCCUCUUUUUUUACCAUUGUGUUUUCUCUCAUUAAGCAGCCAAGAAUUCGGGGGUCUUUGACUUUCUCUGAGCAAGUUGCCAGUGAAAGUGUAUGAUCCUCAGUCGGAGGGUAUCCCUUCCAUUCAGCAUGUCCGUCAUGUAUAGAUGAGAAGGAGAAUUCUUUGCCACAGGAGGAUUUUGGUUUUUUUUUAAAUAGAAGACAACGGACCGGAGCGAAGCACCACAAGCCUUACACAUUCAUAAAACCACAAAGAACAUGACCCUUUUUACCUUGGAGUGCCAUGAUUUUUUUUGUUUUUUUGUUAGUAUUCUCCACAAUAAACGAACAACCUUGUGCACAGUACACUACAAUUAUACAGAAGUCUGUCUCACAGCUCUGACUUACAAAGGUACAUAUUUUUGAAGUGUAGUUGGGAUCUUAAGCAGAGUUUUUUGCUUUCAAUUUCCUGCCAGCAAACCUUGCAAGGUCUAAUUGUAAUUAUGUUGCACAUCAUGAUGGCAGCAGAAUUUAUACCUCUUUCCAGGAGAUGUGGUUAGCCUGUAGAUGUUACACUAUUAUAUACAGUACUUGCUCCACACAGAUCUUUUGCUGAGGUCCCAGGAAAGGUGCUAGUUUAUAUAUAUUUUUUUUUCCUACAAACAAUAUUUUUAAUCCUCUGCCGGCUGCCCCCAAAACACUAAUUUAAAUAAAGGCACAAUAGGGGCUAGAGGCAUGACAGCAGAUUGUACUUUCAUUGACUCUGUAACCGAUCUCAGACUCUGCAUAAAAGCAGCAACAUGACUCAGUGGACAGUGUGAAAAUGGCACAAUGGCAGGAUAUUGAUAAUAUGCCUUAGCAUCUACCCAAAGGGAGAUUGUUUUGUACAGCAAGACCUGCUCCCAAUUUGUAGGCUCUGCAGCGGACUGAGACAUUGCUACAACUCUGAUGUCUAGGAGCAAAACACAUUUAUACAGCUGUGAGCGGGAGCCUUUUUUUGUUUCGUUUUUUCAUUGCUUUGUUGCACUGAGAUGUUUCUGCUGCAAUAAAUCUACACACAUUUUA